AAACCGGUUUGGUACGAUGGUGUGAGUUGUGACGUAAACCGGACCGGUAUCGAGUUUAGUCGAACCAAAUGGUCUGUACGGUUAUAAAACCAUUCCUCAGAGUUCUAGAGGCAACGAAACGAACAUUCGCUAUGGAACCGCAGAGCCAGACUACUUCGUUGCAACGACUCCAGAACGUCGAAAAGGUAAUUUCUCCACAGUUAAGGAGUGGCAUUUUCGGAUUCUGCGUGCUCAAUUUCAUGCAUUCGGGCCAUAGUUUGUGUUGUAUUUGCUUUCGUGAAUUGCAGAGAAUCGUCAGGGUACUGGAGUUAGCAGGUGGGGUAAUGGAUGAAUUAGGGAACCCUAGCGGACCUCGGAAAGAUCUUGUUAAUAGCCAUUGCGGGGAGUUCAUGCAGUUAGUCAAGGAUAUUCAGGUGACGCUGCGGGAGGAAAUUAAAAGUGCGUGUGAGUAUCGCCCGUUCGAGAAGUGUGAUUAUGUUCCAAGAAUAUCGAACGAGAUUUGCUGCAAGAAACUAGAAUAUAUUAUUGCGCAGCUCGAUGUGAUGAAGCAAACAGUGGAGGGAUAUGGUGAUGAAGCUUCAGCUUGAGGUCGCCCAAUGUAUAAAUGCGAGGUAUGAUUGCUCAAUGUCAUGCAAUGCUUCGGUAAUUUGAAUAGGGGUUGUCUUAUCUGUAGUUCAACAUCGUGUGGAUUUGCUAGAUUUUUUAGAGUGCUCUUAUAUAUGUUUGGGGAAUCGGAAUUUUGUGUGUUUUGGUGUAAUUCUGAUAGCAUGGAUGCCAAGAUUGGAUCUGUAGAGUGGUCUCUGUUUUCAAUCGAGACUGAAGUUUGAUACCUAUGUCAUCUUUGGGGAAUUGAAUUCCUUAGAGCCUGCUUAGCAUUAGCAUAUAAGGCAAUGCAAAAAUUAGAGGAAGACCGACAUUACUGAGACUUUGUGAUUUGUGAAUUAUGUCAUUGCAUAUGUUCUAUUUUUCCCAUAUUAAUAC